CUGGACUACAAUAAGAGACGCUGCGACACUUGGAGCAACGAGAUAGGUUUAUCUCUACCGAUGGCUCGGCAAAACAUGAGUAGCAGGCUUGCCCAACUCUGGCACUCAGUGGAGGAAUCCUUGUACCAUUCAGAGCCAUGAUGCGGAAGAUGGUUGAGAGCCUGGUUGUGUCGAAUUAGGUCGAAUUGUGGGUCACACGUUACGACCUGCCCUAGAGUUAUUGCUUUUCUACAGUACCUCUGCACAGUGUAUUGUUUCUCUUGUUUACCUCUAACCUGCCUCUAGCAUUAACAAUGACGGAGAACACGAUUGUUGCAACUAUCGAAGACGACGAGCUUGACAUCAUCUCUACUCCAUCUCCUCCAAUUACCGCUCUAACUCAAUUUUCUCAAUCCAUAAGUGCUCCGGUGAUACCAGUUAAUCAGGUCCACUUUCCACCCCAGUCUGCAAGUGCUACCCGACGAUCCUUGCGCCUUAGAGACUCCUCUUCAACAAUUCUUCGAAACACGCAGCAGAAGCCACGUAAAAGGACUACCUCGGCAACGGAGUUAAGUAGUGCAACCCACAAGAAGGCAAAAUUGGAGGAUAAAAAAGCCAAUACGGCUGUUAAUAACACCAAGAAAUCAGAGCGAGAUUCACGUAGGAAUCAGUGGUUUUUGCGACACCGCAACUUAUUCGAACCUUUGCUACCGCCAUCCAGCAGUUUUUUUGCCAAAUUACACGUCGCUGUACCUGGGAAGCUGCCGUAUAUUCCCCUUCACGAAGUCGAACAGCCAAAGAGUAUCAACAGCUCUAUGGGCUCCAUGAAGGACUACCAGAUUGUGGGCCUAUCUUUCCUCGUGUAUAUGUAUGAGAAUGGCAUGAAUUGCAUCCUUGGUGAUGAGAUGGGCCUCGGGAAAACUUUGCAGACGUUAUCUCUGUUUGCUUAUAUUGCUGAACGCAACCUCGGUCGGACUGAUCCUCAUCUCAUCGUAUGCCCUCUGUCCGUUUUGUCGUCUUGGGAAGCCGAAUCGGCUCGUUGGCUUCCUUCUAUGACUGUUGUACGUUUCCAUGGAUCGGCCAACGAACGUCUGCGGCUGCGUAACACUCUACGCGAAGGCAAUUUUGACAUCUUGGUCACAACGUAUGAGGUAUAUGUCACUGAGGAUAGCUGGUUUAAGUCUCGUCGCUGGACGUAUUGUGUCUUGGAUGAAGGUCACAAAAUCAAGAACUCUGAAACUAUUGUCUCCCAGAAGUUGCAAGGGCUAAAUGCUAUGUAUCGACUCAUUUUGACCGGAACCCCCAUUCAGAACAACAUGGUUGAAUUAUGGAGUCUUCUUCAUUACCUAUACCCGUCCGUUUUUACACCUAACACUCAACAACUCUUCGAAACCUCGUUUGACCUCACAAAGGGCACAUACUCUCUACCUUUCGUCAAUGCCGCCCAAAAAUUGCUAUCUACUGUCAUGAUUCGAAGGACAAAGGCCAAUGUGGAUAUCGAUGUUCCAGCUCGGGAAGAACAAACUAUCUUCAUCCCUCUCACUGAAAUUCAGCGGUUCUGGAUGUAUCGAAUGAUCACUCGCCUUGACAGCGUGAAUUUCAGAGAGAUAUUCGAUGCCACCAUGGAGCUACAAGAUAAUGGCUAUCAAGAUGGUCGCAAUGAAGUUCUUUCUCUUUUAGAAGAUAGUUCGAAUAGAGCGGGAAAGGAAACCAAACAAUGGACGAAGUUGAUGAAUCUGCUCAUGCAAUUGCGCAGAGUCUGUGAUCAUCCUUAUCUUUUACCAAAAGUAGAGCCAGAACCGUAUUACAUCGGCGAACACAUCGUCGCCUCAUCUUCGAAACUCAUUGUUAUCGAUAAGCUCCUGGCAGAUAUUCUACCCAAAGGAGAGAAAGUCCUCUUAUUUUCGCAAUGGACAGGGAUGCUGGAUGUGCUCGAAGAUAUGAUGCAUCUAAGGGACAUAAAGUAUGCUCGUUUAGAUGGAUCCACGCUGCGUCCCCGACGAGCUCUGGAUAUAAAGUUGUUCCAACACGACAAAUCUGAGUUUCAGGUCUACCUUAUCUCAACGAAAGCCGGUGGUCUAGGCAUCAAUUUGACCAAAGCCUCAACGGUCAUCAUGGUUGAUUCUGACUGGAACCCGCAAAACGAUCUUCAAGCAAUAGCCCGCGCACAUAGAAUCGGACAGAAGAAAGUAGUGAAGGUCUACCGACUGAUUUGCGGGGGGAGUGUUGAAGACCAUAUGCUGGACCGUAUCCGACGUAAACUCUUCCUUUCCGUGAAAAUCAUGGGGUCCGAUAAUCCCACCUCAAGUUCCUCUGAGACAUCAGACAUGAGUUCUGGUGCUCUCUUGGAUAUUCUACGGAAGGGUAGUAGUGCCUUGCUACCAGGUGCCGAAAUGGAAUUGAGCAAGUUCAUUCAAGCACCCAUUGCUGAGAUCCUGAGCUUGUCUAAGGCGCGUGAGGAUGCAAGAGAUGCAAAACUCGAGCAAACCCUUCAGACAGAAGGCAAUCCCGAUGUUCAUGCCCAGCAGCUUCUGAAAGACGCAGAAGAUGAGGAACAGCGGCUUUUAAGUGGCGCGGCGCAGGUUAGAUGUCAUUUGUUCGAGGGCCAGAUGCUACAGCGAGGGACUUCGAACAGUAAUAAACAGAUCGCGGACGAGUGGACAAAUCUGCAGAAGAGAGCUUCGAAGAGUCGCGAGACGGUGGUCCUGAAUGGAAUGACAUUUGUAGUCAUUCCACCCCCUGUUGACCAAGAGGUUGUUUCGAAUAGUCAGAGCACGUCAAAACCUGCAAAGGUGAAAAAGGAACCAAUGGGCUCAGAGGACUACUGUAAUGUAUGUCAGGAUGGUGGCCAACUCAUCUGUUGCAGCUUUUGUCCUCGAGUGUUUCAUGCUGCUUGUCGAGGCUUGAAAUUUCGUGACUUGAAGAAAUCUUGGCAUGCGUGCCACCAACAUGAAUGUUGGGACUGUUCCAGGGGAACGUCGGAUGCUGGUGGGAUGCUAUUCCGGUGUCGGACGUGUCCUAGAGCCUACUGUGAGGAUUGUCUUCCCGAGAUAUUUGAUCCCAUUGGAGAUACUUUGCCAGAACUUCUACUGCUGAAUUGUCGAGAAUCUCAAUCAGCAUACUAUAUCAGCUGUGCACAUUGUAAGGCGAUGGCAGAGGAAGAUCCGCAAUGGAAGUUGGAAUGGGACAACACUAUCCGGGCUGCAGAACGUGCAUUGGAAGAGGACCGUCUCCUGGGUGAAAAUUUUUGAAGAUUCUAAUGCCUGUAAAAUUCAGCCUAUUGCUUUGAAUAUUGCUUUGAAUAUUGACCUUGUAGCAUAGUCUAAAUACGUCGCUGUAUC